AUGAAAAUUUAUUGGAGCAAUUUUAGUUUCAUCUCUCUUCUUCUUCUAUCAUUUGCAUCAUGGGGUUGUGGAAGUCAUCUUGAAGAUUUUCUUCACUGUAUUUCUCUUCAUUCCUCAAACCAUCAUUCAAAUUCAACUCUAAUUCACACUCCAUCUUCUUCCUCUUACCCUUACGUUCUAAAUUUCUCGAUUCGAAACCUCAGAUUUGCCGAAUCCCAUACGCCCAAACCGGUCGCCAUCGUCACACCAUGGCAAGCUUCCCAAGUCCAAGCCACAGUCAUUUGCUGCAAAACUCAUGGCCUCCAAAUCCGAACUCGCAGCGGCGGCCAUGACUUCGAAGGUCGUUCUUACGUCUCUAAUGUCCCAUUUGUGUUGAUUGAUUUGAUCAACCUUAAUUCAAUUACUAUCGACGUUGACGACGAGACUGCAUGGGCUCAAUCCGGGGCGACCGUGGGCGAAUUGUAUUACAAAAUCGGUGAGAAAAGUCGAACCCUUGCAUUUCCGGCCGGGUUCACGGCUAGCAUAGGGCUUGGUGGGUUCUUCAGCGGCGGUGGGUUAGGGAUGCUGGUUAGAAAAUAUGGUCUGGCCGUGGACAAUAUGGUGGAUGCAUAUCUUGUUGAUGCAAAUGGGAAGCUUCUUGAUAGAGAUUCAAUGGGAGAGGAUUUGUUUUGGGCUAUUAGAGGAGGUGGUGGAGGAAGCUUUGGGAUUGUUUUGGCAUGGAAGUUGAAGUUGGUUCGAGUUCCUCCAACGGUUACGUCGUUUGCUAUUCAUAAAAGUUGGGACCUCAACGCAGCUAAGUUAAUCCAUCGGUGGCAAUACGUUGCGCCCGAGGUAGAUGAAGAUCUGUUCAUCACUGCUCGGGUCACAGCUUCAAAUUCAAGCUAUGGAGGUGGUAGAGUUAUGAAGGCUUCAUUCUUCUCCUUAUUUCUUGGAAAGGUAGCCGAGCUUGUUUCUCUUAUGGGGAAGGCUUUCCCAGAGCUGGAGCUCAAGAAAGAAGACUGUCUCGAAAUAAGUUGGGUUGAAGCAAUGGCCUUUUCAGCAAGUGAGUAUGUUUCUCCUGAAAACUUGGAGCUGUUGCUCGAUAGAACCUCACUCAUCACUGGCAGAUACAAAAUGAAAUCUGAUUACGCCACCAAACCCAUCUCAGAAACCGCCCUCAAUGGCAUAUGGGAAAGGUUCAAAAUUGAAGAACUAGAAAAAGUGCAGCUCAUACUGAUCCCUUUCGGAGGUAAAAUGAAUGAGAUUUCUGAAACAGAUACCCCCAACCCACAUCGAGCUAGCCAUCCCAUACACAUUGGCUACUACGUUACAUGGCACCAACCCGAUGCUGAUUCGAGACACUUGGAAUGGACCCGUGAGCUCCAUGAUUACAUGACUCCUUUCGUGUCGAGAUCGCCGAGAGCUGCGUAUAUGAAUUACAAAGACCUUGACAUUGGAAGAAACAACGAGGACGGGAUCCCGACUAGCUAUGACGAAGCAAGCGUUUGGGGGUAUCGAUAUUUUGGGAUUAAUUUUGAAAAGUUAGUGGAAGUGAAGACGAAGAUCGAUCCUUUUAACUUCUUCCGGCAUGAGCAAAGCAUACCACCGGUAGCAUCGAUGGGAGGAAUCCAAGCAAAGAUGGCUUCAUGCCCGGAUGUGUCUUACUAGACCAUGCCUAGUGCAAUGCAAUAUCUCUAGCUAAAGAUUACUAUGCCUAGUGUAUUUGCUUUGGGAUAAUAAUGUAAUUUCGUUUAAUUUUCUUAUGCAUCUUUCAUAAAAUUUGGGUUUUAUAUGUAUGAUGGUGUAAGAUUGGACGUGGUAAUGGAAAUAAAUUAGUAGAUGAACGAGUC